AUGUCUUCGAAUCAUUAUGACCCUGUUGUCAAAACAGGAGGUACCAUCAAUGAUUUUUUCUUGUCAUGUUACUUCGCCUGGAACAACUUCUGGAGCCUGUUAACCGGAAAAAGUCAUCUUGAACGUAUAUUGGAACAGCAGGGGACACACAGAGCUUCAUUGAUAAGUCAUGUUGAGUGGUUUUUACUGAAAGCAGGAUGUGUUAUGAUAGAAUCAUUGCCCCGAGCGGAUCCAGAAGAUAUUUUUGUCAGAUGUGCAGUGAGUGCUCAAGGAGAACACAGAAGUGCUCUAAAGUUCAGAUUGAGCCGAUACUUGAGUGAAAUGAAAACUUAUAAUAAGCUUCGAGAUAAUGUGGAAGAUCGAAGAAGGGAAGUGUUCAACCCCAAGAACGAUGAGCAUGUUGAUAAGUUGAAAAAACUGUGGGAACUGACACUACCUGACAGGAUAGACGAGUUCGCGUUGGUGUCUAAGGUUUGGCAAGAAAUCGGGUAUCAGGGUGUCGAUCCAUCCACUGACUUUAGGGGUAUGGGAAUGCUCUCUCUCGAUCAGCUAUUAUACUUAGGGGAGAACUAUCCUGAACAAUUGAAGGCUAUACAUCAGAUUUCACAUCAUCCAACAAUUGGUUUUCCUAUGGCUGUUGCAGGAAUCACAAUAACAUCCUUCUGUCAUCAUAUGCUUAGAAAAGGCGUGUUGCGUAAGCAUUUCUAUAACUUGAGCGCAUCUCAUCGCAUCGAUUUCAUUGCCUACAACAACGCGUACUGUCGGAUAUUCACCCUUUUCUGCGAGUAUUAUAAGCGUAGCAAUCCUAAAUCCAUCAUGUCCUUCAACGAAUAUCGCCUGAAGUUCGAGAAAGCAGUUCAUGAGUUUCUCGAUCUAGACGGUGCUGACUUGAGUCUGUUGACAGUGGAUACCUUGUGUACCUAG